CUCUCCUGGCUGGAGGAAUGGGUGGAGGCCAGACAUGGAGGCCGCUCCCCGGGUCAGAUCUGGCCUUCUCAGAAUUCUUCUGCGGGCUGGGAGGCUCUCUGCACUGCUGAUCCAGAACCGCACUCACUUGUACCGCUUUCUGCUCCUGAAGAUGGCCAUCUUUCAGCACUGGGUGUUGGGGCUGGCCCAGGAAGCCCGGGGUUCAGGCAGUGACCAGGCCCGCCAGCUUCCGGAAGUCAUCAUAACCUGUGCUCUGAGUUUGGCCCUUCGAGCUGGACUAACAUUGCUGUGGGUCCCCAUGUGGCUGCUGCUCUGGGGACCCAGGCUGGCAUACAGAGUCGGGCUGUGCUGCACUCGUACUGUGAGGUUGGCCCUGGGGCAUCUCUGUGUCUGUGAACCUCUCGGUCUGUCUCCAGCCACCUUCAGGGACCUGUUUCUAUCCUGCCUGCACAGCCUGAUGCUGGUAGCUUUGCUGCUGCUGCUGCUAACCUGGAAGCUGAUGCAGAAAGCCCAUCACUUUAGUCUGGGCUGGCUGCCCAGUCAGGGCUGGGGCCGGGGCUCAAACUUGGCCGACUUGAGCCAUCCUUCCAGUCCUUACCAAUGCUCUUGCCUGGCCGGACCCUCCUGCAGAAUUCUGUGUUGCUGGAAGCCCCGGCCCUGCUGAGACGCCUCUACCUGUGGGUGGAACACAGGACCACACUCACUUCCUGGAACCUGGCCUAUCUUGUCACUUGGACGACCUGCCUUGCUUCCCACCUGCUUCAAGCUGCCUUUGAACACACAACCCAACUGGCCCAGGCCCAGGAAGUCAAAUCCCAGGAGACCUCGGGGCCCCCGCCUCAGUUCUUAAUUCCAGAAUCCUCCACCACUGAGUCUGGACCCCUCCCACCCCAGCCUGAAACCCCUGGAGAAUAAAUGUGUCCCCCACCUGCC